AUGCAGCAGCCACAUUACUCGGUCUCGCUGAGUGUCUACUCGCCGGUAGAAAGUGAACGCCGUUCGACUUUUUUCACUAACGAUCCUGUGAUUGAAGAGGAGAACGAGGACGAGCACGAGUACGACCAGUCUUCCGAACUCUUUGGCUCCGAUUAUAACGAGGAUGGUUCUCAAAGCUCAACUCAUUCCAAGAACAACAAUGGCAAUGGAAUUCUACCAGAGACUUCAAGUCAGACGUUCAGAUCUUACUACACAGCUACCAAUGGUAGUGAACCUAGUUUCUCCUCAAUUAACAACUCCUUGUUGAGGCAAGACUCCAAUGACCAAUCUGAACAAGAUGUGAAUGGCUUGAUUGACCCAGACGAGACUCCUCGUCUUAAUACUGAAAUGCAUGGCACUAAUGAUUCCAUCUUCGACAAAACCCCAGUCUUCAAUACCGCUGGCGUCUUUGAUAAUCAGCAAGAAUCUAGCACCUCAAACGGGGUAUCCAAAAGCUCCUCCCAUGUCGAACUACCCCAAAAGUUCAAGAGACUCUCUGUUACCUUGCUCCAAACUGGCUCGCAUGUUUCUCGAGAAUCUCACAUCUUCCACAAUAACUUCAGCUCCAACGCCCACAAGGCUCAGGCCCAAAACCAGCAUCGUACAAGCAGAACAAGUUUGCUUUACAAGAAAAUCCACGAAAAGAAUGAUACACCAACUCCACCUGCUGUCGUCAAUGACGAAGACACAUCGGUGCUUAGCACGUCAUCUAACCUAUCGAGUGCUCCUAUGCGCCAUGACGUUCUGGUUGACCCAGAUAACAGCCAGGAUGAUGUACCUCCAAGGGGCGACUUGCAGACUAAAUUUACAAAGCCAGCCGGCGGAUUAAAUAUAGUUUACGGAGAAAACGGCGAGAACAGCUCUGCAAACAAUUCAGGUGUCGAUGUUCUGCUGGAUAGAAUUGACCCUUCGAGAUGGUCAGUUGCCUCUAGCACUACUGAGGAUGAAGAUAUGUCUUCUCUUUUUAUUCGUGCCUUGCACUCAUUUGACGCUACCCAGUCCCAACUUGAGUCUGAGAACUCUGUCUGUUUGUCGUUUGAAAAGAAUGAUAUUGCAUUUGUCCACACCAUUGAUGACUCUGGUUGGGGCGAAGUGAUCUUGAUUGAGACAUUAGAGAGAGGUUGGGUCCCUAUGAAUUACUUUGCCAUGGCGAUAACGUCCCUGGAAGCCAAUCAGUCCGAAGAAGUGGAUUCUGAUGAAAUUAAGUUCUCGCACUUCAUGUUCCCAUUGCUUAAUGCAUGCGGUCGUUUUCUUUCCAACCCGCUUUCUAGGGAUGGCCCAAAGGGUAAGACCUUUUCAAACAAACAUUUGAAUGAUAUCAAAGACGGUGUUCGUUGUUUGUUAGAUGAGACCGACUGUCUUUCAAGAUCAAGUGAAAUUAUUGUCAAGAAACCAGUUGUUCGUAAGGCAAGAAAAGCUUUUAUGUACGACUGGUGGGAGCUUAUGAAGAAGGCCGCCGAGUACAAAGGCACAACGAACUUUGAAAAGGUUGAAAUUCUCACGCUUUUUGUUCUACUGGUUAUAAGACGUGGUGUAUACUUCUUUGACGUUUGGCUCACGGAAAGUAAGGACAUUCUUCAGAAAGAAGCCGAAAAGAGACUUCGUACUGAUAUGAACACUUAUCCACUACUUCAUACGCCUCCACUCGCCAAGCAGAGAGUCACCGAAAUCAAGGGUAUCUUGUAUUCAUACCUAUCACUCAUAAUGGGUAGGUUGGACUUGAUUGAGCAUAAUCCACAGGGCUGUGAAUUAUUAGAGAAGAUAUCAUGUCACAUCCUUCUCUUACUUAGCGAGCUUCUUUUCAUUUCCAAAACAGGGCUCGAGUAUACGUCAAGUAAAUCAAUUGAGCUUGAUGCAUCAAUGGACGCGUUUAUGUCUUUCGGAGACCAACUUGUCACUUGUGUGAAGGUGCUUAUCAACAAGACAGUCGGCGAGGACAAACAAUCUCGUGUUUUCAACGGUGAAUCUUCGCAGGAUAACCAAGAUUAUACCUUCACUGAAGAAGGUGUUCGCUUGAGACAAGUUGCGGCCAGAACAAUUAAGGCUAUUAACAGCAGUGUUCGCUCAAUCAAUGAAUUGUUUGAUAACAUUGGCGAUUUCAAAUUGAGCCUGGAAAGAUCAUAUCCUGACUAUCUCAAGAUGAGAAUCGAUCCUGCUGAUUUCAUCCGUCAAUGCUCUGUCGGUAUGGUUCAGUCGCAUUCGCUUAAAAAUAAGGAUUUGAGGGUAAUGAAGAAGAAGAAUGGUAGGUCAACUAACCGUUACUCGAUGUUCCGUUCUGGAAAGGCUGGUGGCCUAGGAAUGACGCCGAAUGGUGUUGAUCUGCUCCAUAAAGUCAUGCUUCUUGAUACUGAUGAUACUCCAUUCAAUGCAUCCACUGCAGAAUUCCAGCCUUUCAUUGCAUCAGACUCUACUAAUAACAAGGCCUACACAAUCAAAGAUGAACUUCUAGUUGACGCGAAUGGAACAUUAUUGGGAGCAUCAUUUAAGGGUUUGAUUUACACAUUAACUAAUGAGGACUCACCUCCUCAGUAUUUCUUUAUUUCAGGAUUCUUCAUCUGUUUGAGAAGCUUUGCUAGUGGCAUAGAUUUGCUUGAAGGACUUAUUUCCAGAUUCGAGGAGAACAACGGCAAUGGAAAGGACACUGAUAAUUCUGAUGCAUUGUUGGAGGUGCGCUUGAAGAAGAGAAGACGUUUGAUUAUUGCAAUCUUCAAGAUUUGGAUGGAAUCAUUUUGGGAUUACGAAGCGGACAGCCCCUUGUUGUGCACCCUUGUCAACUUUUUUAAUGAAGGAAUCUACCCACAUCUUCCCCUUGACGCUAUGAAAUUGAUUGAAAUCGCAGCUAAGUUGUCAAUUAAGGAAACGAAGGGCAGAGACAAGAAGCAGAUGGUAGAAAGGCAUGUUACUCUCAAGAAGUUCAACAGAAAGGACUCUGGAGGUGACCUUCGUGACUUGGAAGAUUCAUCUCGCUACUCGAUCGUCGAAGAUAAUGAACUCUCACGGAUUAGCUCGAGCAGUUCAAUUUCGAGCUCUUUGAAGUCUAUGACCUUGGGCCUUUCCCUUUCUGGGCUGGGCACUUCAGCUGGUACUUUGUUAACAAAGACCCAACAAGCUACUGUUGAGACAACAGUGGCUAAAUUUCGCCAGGUGCUUGGUGAUGCUUGGUGUCCUCGUCAUUUCAUUGAAGCCAGGUCUUUUGCAACAAUGCCACUCAAAUCAAUGUUGCCAACAUGGUUCAAUUUGUGUGAGGAGAAAUGGGCUUUGGACCAGUACAGACCAAACUUGUUAGAUUUCCAGGUUUUGGAGCUUUCAAACCAGUUGACAUUGAUCGAAUCAGAAAUCUUCUGCUCCAUCAAGUCAAGUGAAUUACUUUUUGAAAAUUACACCGCAAAGAAAGCUCAUCUUAAGCUUGCUAACAACGUGAGGCAGUCGUUGUUGUUCACCAACUGUUUAUCCGGAUAUGUCCUCGAAUCUAUUUUACAACCUGGACUCACCGAUAAGCAAAGGGUUAAUCAAGUCAAGCAGUGGCUCAAGGUUGGAUUUAGUUGCUUUGAGAUGCGUAACUUCAACUCCAUGGUGGCUAUCAUUACUUCCUUACAGUCACACUUGAUCACGAGAGUUAAGCGUCUUUGGGAUGAACUUCCUCCUAAGUACACCCACCUUUAUGAGUACCUUUGCAAUGUUGCACAUCCACAAAAUAACUUCAAUGUUUACAGAGAGAAGUUGAGGUUCUUUUUGGAAAAUAGCGAGUACAACUACCCUGUUGUGCCAUACUUCUCCUUGUUCCUUCAAGAUUUGACAUUUGUGACGGACGGUAAUCCAAACUACAGAAAGGCGAACACGUUUUUGAACCAGAAGCUUAUCAAUAUCGACAAGCAUCUUAAGCUUACUAGAGUUAUUGCUGAUAUCGAGAGCUUGCAAGUUCGUUACGUGGAAGAAGACGGUUCGAGAAGAAGGUCGAGAUUUUCGCUCAACCUCGGCAAGAACAAUACUGCUGAUUUGAAGAUUGUCAGUAAUCCAGCAUUGCAAGAACUUGUUUUGCUCGAAUUCUUCAAAUUGCUCAGCUCAACAAAGGUGAAGAAGAUCGUGCCUGGAAGUUGA